AUGUCAGACAUAUCUCAACCACAUGCACAGUACGACACCCAAAAUGAAGUGAUGUGGUUCAUCUCUGUCCAAAAGGAACCCUCCUGGGAUCAGGACCGCUUCCAGCACGAAUACCAUAAUGUUCACGCCAACCUCGCCCGCGUUGGUCACCAGCACAGUGGUCUACCACUCAACUAUGUCCAAUUUGGCGCCAUGGAUCUUCAAGACCCCAACAACCUCUGCGGCGACAUGGACGACGAUCCGUGGGACUUUCUUUCGUGUCUGUACUGGCCAAGCACAAGUGUCGUCUGGAGGAGCUUCCAGGACCCGGUGUACCACGAGUCGGCUGGCAAGCACAUCUUCUGCCGCCAAGACCAAAAGGGCAUCCUGGCCAAGAGAGUUGGAGCAUUGGGCGUUGCGACAGAGAGGUUUGCUGAGCAGGGAAAUUUCGCGAUCCAUGUUUUCCACCGCAGAGCCACGGCGGGCGACAAGGUCAGCGCGGCCUGGGUGGAGGAGCGGAUGAAGCUCGCGGAACGCUGGAGCAAGACGAGAAGGGGUCUUGUAAGGCAAUACAGCGUGUGGACGGAUGUCAUGCCUGAAGAUACAGAUGCUUUCUUCAAGGGUACGCAGUUUACUGGGGGCUCGUGGCGCCAGUAUAGGGCGGUUGAACGGUUCGUAUUGUUGGAUCGAGAUGAGGCGGCGAAGUUUUGGGAGGAGAAUCGGGGGCUGGUUGUUGAUGGCCCUGGCUCGACUAACGUUAUAGGAGGCUUGACAUCUGUUGUGAUUUAA